AUGGGUCUCCUUAGCAUCAUUACCAGCUACGCUGGUAGCCAGCUUUUGCCCUUCUAUAUCGCUGUAUUCAUCUGCACUUUAGUCCCAUGGGCAAUCCGCUUUUCUUGGCCAGAAUUGCGCAAGGGCUCAGUGGUGCCACUUGCUAACCCGCCCAAAUCACUGUUCGGUACCGGUAAAACCAGGAGGAGUUUUGUGAAGCUUAGUCGAGAGAUCCUCGCCAAAGCGAGAGACCUCUUCCCUAAUGAGCCCUUCAGAUUGAUCACAGACUGGGGUGAGGUUCUCAUCCUCCCUCCUGAGUUUGCAGAUGAGAUUCGGAAUGACCCGAGGCUUAGCUUUUCCAAGGCGGCGAUGCAGGAUAACCAUGCUGGAAUACCUGGAUUCGAGACUGUUGCCCUUGUAGGUCGUGAGGACCAGCUCAUACAGAAAGUUGCCCGGAAGCAGUUGACCAAGCAUCUCUGUAAGUUCUUCCACCGCGAACGAGUCAAGACAGCCUACUCACAACUGGGAGCCGCUGUCAUAGAGCCACUUUCUAGAGAAUCGACCCUCGCGGUGUCGCUCAACUUUGGAGAAACAACAGAAUGGCGAGCGAUGCGCCUCAAGCCAGCAAUUCUAGACAUCAUCGCCCGGAUCUCAUCCAGAAUCUAUCUCGGCGACCAACUAUGCCGCAACGAAGCGUGGUUGAAGAUCACAAAGACCUACACCACAAACUUCUACACUGCAUCUACCAAUCUACGAAUGUUUCCCCGAUCGAUCCGUCCCCUCGCCCACUGGUUUGUCCCUGAAUGCAGAAAGCUCCGCCAGGAACGCAAGGAUGCCGUCGGUAUCAUUACGCCCCUGAUUGAGCGCCGUCGUGAGCUUCGAAGAGCCGCCAUCGCAGCUGGUCAGCCUUUGCCUGUGUUUCAUGACGCUAUUGACUGGUCAGAACAGGAGGCAGAAGCUGCAGGCUCGGGGUCCGCGUUCGACCCGGUAAUCUUCCAGCUUACGCUCUCUCUGCUUGCAAUCCAUACCACGUAUGACCUCCUUCAGCAAACAAUGAUUGACUUAGGUCGCCACCCUGAAUACAUCGAGCCUCUGAGACAGGAAGUUGUUCAACUUCUUCGUGAAGAAGGCUGGAAGAAGACAACACUUUUCAAGAUGAAGCUCCUUGACAGUGCCAUCAAGGAAUCUCAGCGUAUGAAGCCUGGUAGCAUAGUUACAAUGCGGCGCUACGUGACCGAAGACAUCACCCUCUCCAGCGGCUUGAUCUUAAAAAAGGGUACCCGCCUCAACGUUGACAAUAGACGACUAGAUGAUCCCAAAAUCUAUGAAAACCCCGACGUCUACAAUCCCUAUCGCUUCUACAACAUGCGCUCAGAAGCCGGUAAAGAUCACGGGGCACAACUCGUAUCAACUGGCUCAAACCAUAUGGGCUUUGGCCACGGUCAGCAUUCGUGCCCAGGGCGCUUCUUCGCUGCGAAUGAGAUCAAAGUAGCGCUGUGCCACAUCUUGGUCAAGUAUGAUUGGAAGCUGUGCCCUGACACGGAGACGAAGCCUGAUACCAGGGGUAUGAUUGCCAAGUCUAGUCCAGUCACGGAUAUUUUGAUCAAGCGCCGGCAGUCAGUUGAGUUGGAUCUGGAAGCGGUUUGA